CACUUCCGCCGCGUUUGGGGCGGUGCCAAGAUGGACGCUCCGUGGGCUCGGGAGCAGCUCCGGCGGCGUUACCUGUUGUCGCCCGAGGCGGAGGUCCGGCUGGACACGGAGGGCGACGUCGGGCCUGAAACCUCUACAGAUGUUGAGAAAAAGGAGAAACCUCUUCCAAGACUUAAUAUCCAUUCUGGAUUCUGGAUUUUGGCUUCCAUUGUUGUGACUUAUUAUGUUGAUUUCUUUAAAACUCUUAAAGAAAAUUUUCACACUAGUAGUUGGUUUCUCUUUGGUGGUGCCUUUUUGCUCGUCAGUCUAUCUGUUGCAUUUUACUGCAUAGUCUACCUGGAGUGGUACCGCGGGAUUGAAGAAUAUGAUGUCAAGUACCCAGUGUUGGUGCCCAUUACAACUGCGACCUUUAUCGCAGCAGGAAUUUGCUUCAACGUUGCGCUUUGGAACGUGUGGUCGUUUUUCACUCCCUUAUUGCUGUUCACGCAGUUUAUGGGAGUCGUAAUGUUCAUCUCACUCCUUGGAUGAUUUCUGAAGGUAAGAUCUCUGGGGUGCUCGUUCUAGUAGUGCACUCAUUUGAAAAAUGUCUUUUGAGAUGGUUUGGACACAGCUGUGACAGGCUGCUUGUGAAGGGCCUUGUCACAUUUGCGCCCAGUACACCUGAGGUGAGAGGGACCUUUGUAAUGUUGGUCCUAAACAGCUCCUUUUCGGAGAAGGCACCAAACAGAUUGUAGGUGCACCUUCCAACGCAGGUAAGCUUACCCAUAAGCACACCCUGUUGAAGUCGGCUCUGUCAUGUCUGCAUAGGGACUGUGGCUUCAUUGUUCCUGAGGAAUGGGACAGAGGAGUAAUGACAGCUUCUCCCAUUGGGGAAAAUUCUGCCACGUUCCUUAAAAACAGACCUCACACAGUAGGGUCUGUUUCCUGAGCAUCAGGUAAGCCAUUCACUAAGGAAGUGUGUGCAGUCUGAGAAUGCCCACCCCAUUCUUAGAGACAAGGUGGGAAGACAAAGAUGGCCCCCUUCCUUCUUGUCACUCAUACAUGAACCUAGAGGAAACCAACUCCCACAGCAUCUGCAGUAAGGAAAGGGGAGGCUCAGAGAACUGGAAGUCAGUGCUGAAGGAGACUGACUGAGUUUUCAGGGAAGUCACUGUGGCCAGGUGUAGAAGAAAUAGGCAGUUAUGCUGUUGCCAGGCUGACUAGCUGCUAGUACAGUGUCCUUCAGACAUGGCACUUUGACAAGGGACCAGUGUGACUCCCUGUGUGCACAUUUCUCACCACAGUCUCUCAGCCAGCCCUGACUCCCAUGCCUCCCCUCCUGAUGGCUGUGGAGUGCCUGGGGCGUUGAGUUCCAGCAUUCCAGGAGACUUCCUGCUCCCUUGGGUUGGCGAUUGGUAACGGAGAGGCAGCUAGUGGCAGAGGCAUGUAGACGGCACUUCAGGUCAGCAGCUUGAGCGCCAGUGCCUUACUUGGUACAUGGAUACUGCUGUGUUUCAGAUUUGAGGACGUGGUGGUGUAGACAGAAUGACUAAACAUCCUGCUGGCUGAAGGCAUCACAGACAGAGGGAAGAGCUGCUGUGUGUUUUGGUGUCUACAAAGUGAGGGGCUGCCUUGGAAAGGUUCUGACUGUAACAACCUGUUGUUAAAAUCAGAAUAAAUUGUAUUUCACUAGAAUAUUUCUCCGACUGAAAUGAUUAUUGAAUGUUUCAGAAAGCUGUUAUGUGAAAGUAACUAUUUGUAUGGCAGAUCUGCGUGGGUCUUUGGGGAAUAGUGGUUCCAGUACAGGAACUUGAUGUGCCCCAGUUUUAGAACUGUUCCCUCUUCCGUGGUGUGCUUUAUGAAAUGGCUGGUGCAGACAUACAGGAGUCUUGGUGUGCCUUUAACCCAGCUUUACUGAUUACUGCCUCAUUUUUGUACACUUUUGUUAGGUGAAAGGACCAGAUGGAAGUAUUUAUGUUUUCCCAUUAGUUUUGAUUUUGUCAUUAUGUAAGUUAUCAGCUGUUUAGCACUUUUUAACAUAUGGACUUUUAAUCAUUUUUAGGUGUGUAUAAUUUUUUUCUGUAACAUUCCAAUAAAAUAUUUUUGUAAUUUUCUUGUGCAUUUUGUUAAUACAAACUUGGAAGAGCUUCUGUUCUUAGCUGCUAGCACUUCGAGUUAACUGUAGACAUAUAAUGGUCUUUAGAGAAGGUUCCUCUGCUUUUAAUGGUCCUGGGAAGAUAGUAUGUGAACUUUCAGACGCAGACGUGCUCACAGUAAAGUAGCUGUGUGAAUAUUGUGACACAGAGCCAGCUUGUGUUGACUCUUCCUGUGAAGUGUCUGAUAGAGUCACCACUUAUGUUUGGGGCUGGCCACACCUGCCAUUU